AAGAAAAAGUAAAAACAUCAUAUUUAUCGGUCAUUUAAUGUAAUAAUAAUAACAAACACAUUAAAUACGUGGAUAAAAUAACUUAAUUUUAAUUAAUUCAAUCCGCACAUCAGUCAUCAUGAACGUAAUACAGGCGGUAAAAAUGUAUAUUACAAAAAUGACUGAAGAAAGUGGGCCUGGGAUGAAAGUGAUUCUAAUGGAUAAAGAAACUACUAGUAUAGUAAGUAUGGUAUUCAGCCAGUCAGAAAUCCUUCAAAAGGAGGUUUACUUAUUUGAGAGAAUUGACAGCCAAACAAAAUGGGAUAACAUGAAGCAUAUGAAAUGUAUUGUAUUCUUGCGACCCACAUCAGAAAAUAUAGCCCUGUUGUCUCGAGAACUGAGGUGCCCUAAAUAUGGAGUAUAUUUUAUUUAUUUCAGCAAUGUAAUAUCAAAGGCAGAUGUGAAGACACUUGCCGAGUGUGAUGAGCAGGAAGCAGUGAGGGAAGUCCAAGAAGUGUUCGCAGAUUACCUGGCUGUUGACAGACAUCUGUUCUCUUUUAACAUUGUUGGCUGUCUGCAUGGUCGAUCAUGGAACCAACAGCACUUACAGCGAUGUUCUCAAGGUCUCCUUGCUUUGCUCCUAUCACUAAAGAAACGACCUAUAAUCCGCUACCAAGCUGGCUCGGAGCCCUGUUCCCGCCUCGCUGACAGGAUCAAGGAACUGAUGAGGAGGGAAUCAGUGCUGAUGGAUAAUAAUAUACCGUUUAAUGGUGAUGUGCCCAGUCCUCAGCUGUUGAUAUUGGACAGACGGGAUGACCCAGUUACACCGUUGUUGCAUCAGUGGACGUACCAGGCGAUGGUGCACGAGCUGAUCGGCAUCCACAACCACCGCGUGUCGCUCGCGCACGCGGAGGUGCCCAAGGAGCUGCGCGAGAUCGUGCUCGCGCCGGAGCAGGACGAGUUCUAUACUAAGAACCGUUACGCGAACUUCGGCGAGAUCGGUCAAACGAUAAAGUCUCUGAUGGACGAGUUCCAGAAGAAGGCCAAGAGCCACCAGAAGGUCGAGAGCAUCGCGGACAUGAAGAACUUCGUGGAGACGUAUCCGCUGUUUAAGAAAAUGAGCGGCACGGUGACAAAGCACGUGACGGUGGUGGGCGAGCUGUCGAGCUGCGUGGCCAAGCGCGAGCUGCUGCUGGUCUCCGAGCUGGAGCAGGAGCUGGUCUGCCAGGCUGACCACCAGAAGCACUUGCAGCGCAUAAAAGCCCUCAUCGCCAACGAGAAGAUAUCCGACACGGACCUAGUGAAGCUGGUGUCGAUAUACGCGCUGCGAUACGAGAAGCACGCGAGCAGCGCGCUGGCGAGCCUGCUGGACGCGCUGCGCGCGCGCAGCUGCGCCGCCGCCGCGCCCCCCGCCGCCCCCGCACCGCCCGCGCCGCUGCCCGUGCUCGCGCUGGAGUACGGCGGGGCGCACGCGCGCCAGAGCGACCUGUUCGGCUUGCAGGACGCUACCAAGAUCACCAAGCGGCUGUUCAAGGGCCUGAGUGGAGUGGAAAAUAUCUACACCCAGCACACACCGCUCCUCAAGGACACUCUAGAGGAUCUGAUCAAAGGGAAGCUUCGAGAAAACCUCUACCCGGUAGUGGGAGGGGAGGACCUCUCCAUCAGUCGACGACCCCAAGAAAUAAUAGUUUUUAUCGUAGGUGGCGCUACCUAUGAAGAGGCUCUAUGCGUUCAUCAGAUAAAUCAGGCAUAUCCGGGCGUCAGAGUAGUGUUGGGAGGGACCACGGUACAUAACUCCGCGUCGUUUAUGGAAGAGAUUAAAUUUGCGAUGCAGGGCGUGCCUAGAACGCAUACUAGGCAUAUACGGAAUGUGUAAUUAUGAUUCUUAUAGAAUAGGUGUGAAAGACUGUUUUUGUCUGAAACGAUGAAGUCGUUUUUGUUCGCUGAGAUCUUUAUUUAAAUUAUGUAUAUGUUUGUUGAAAUAGAAAUUUCACAUUCCGUUUACACAUUUAUAUUGUUCCUGUAUAACCAUUAGUUUUUCUUGUGGUCGCUUUAAAUUAAACCUUGUAACGGUCGAUUUUUCAAUCCUUUAAAUAACUUAUUAGCUUAUUUGUCAAAUAUAGUAUUAAAUAACCAAAUGAAAAUUUGUAUGUAUUUAUUGCUCGAAAUUUUUACAUUUUUAUAUAAUUGCGUAAUUUUUUAAGGAUGCCGGAUGGAAAAGUAUUACCCAAGGAUUGAAUAAUCGGCUUUAACGGAAAUAUCAUGUUUGAAUUAUUUAUUAUUAUAUAUCGUUUUCUCUUGCAAGUAUGUCUGUAGUUAUUGAAUUAUAUUCAUAGAAUGAGAAUUCUUUAUUUAUUUAUACUAGCCCACAUGUAGGUUAACAAUUUCACUGCUGAUCCAGAAACUUUUUUGUGUAUUUUCUAGUGUGCAGUUUUAAUUUUAUAUUGUGUUACGUUUAAAAUAAUUAUGAUGUAUAUGUGUAAGAUUUAAUUGGAAGACUAUUCAAUUAAUUUAAACAUAUAUCUUCUGGAUUCUGCAUUACACAAGUGUUAAGUUUUCCAAAUUAAAAUACAGUACCUACCUUACUUCUAGUCUUGCCUCAUCAAAGGGUAUAAGUGUAUGAAAGUUAUUAUUUUCUCUUGUGGUCUGUUGAAGAAGAUGCUUAAUGUUAAUAAGGUAUUAAAUUAUAAUAAUGUAUUGUUAAUAUUGAUUUAUAAAUACAAAUAUUAUCCAUAUUAA